UUUUUGAUAUAAAACAGAGAACUUCAUAAAAACAUAUCUCAUAUCUUGAGAUUGAUAAUGCGAGUCGAAAAUAUGAAAACGCGAUAAGAGAGGCGAACAGUUAGUUGAUUUGAGAGCUGCAGCCUCCACGUUGACCGGCAAAUAAUUUUCAAUCAACACAGAAAAUGGGCGACGAUUUUGAAUUCAGCAGGGACAACUCGCUGCUCUCCCUUUACGCCUGCAAUGCUGCAAUUUUGAUUUUCAAAAUGAUUUGGGUCACUCUGUUGACGUCCAAAACCCGCAUUUCCAAAAAGAUUUAUGCCAAUCCGGAAGAUGCAAAAGUCUCAAAGGGCAAAGUUUUGAUGAAUGACCCUGACGUUGAGAGGGUCAGAAGAGCGCAUUUGAACGACCUGGAGAACAUCCCGGCAUUCCUUUUUGUCUCUUUCCUGUACAUCUUGACAGGUCCCAGCUACUUUGUUGCAUUUGUCCUCUUCUGGAGCUUCACCGCCGCCAGGAUUUUGCACACCGUCGUUUACGCCGUCAAACCAUUGCCGCAGCCAGCGCGAGCACUUUCCUUUUUCGUCGGAAUCAUCAUCACUUUUUACAUGUCCGUGCAAGUGCUCAAAUACUUCUGGUAGACAAAUAAAAAUCCAUUAAUAUUUUCAGUAUAAAACAAACCAAUCUGAUUUCCAAAUAUUUGAUUCCUAAAGUUCUUAUCUGACUUUUUUUAUCUAUGCUUGCGGCGA